GGGCUUUGCUGACACCGCAUCCCUCUCAGGUGGAGCUGUACAACUUCAUGGCCAAGGACAACGUGCCUUUCCACAGCGUUGUGUUCCCCUGCUCGCUGCUGGGCGCUGAUGACAAUUACACGCUGGUGAACCACCUCAUUGCCACAGAGUACCUGAACUACGAGGAUGGGAAGUUCUCCAAGAGCCGUGGCGUGGGGGUGUUUGGGGACAUGGCCAAGGACACGGGCAUCGCAGCCGAUGUCUGGCGCUUCUACCUGCUGUACGUGCGGCCCGAGGGCCAGGACAGCGCCUUCUCCUGGGGCGACCUCAUGCUGAAGAACAACUCGGAGCUGCUGAACAACCUGGGCAACUUCAUCAACAGGGCCGGGAUGUUUGUCUGCAAGUUCUUCGGCAGUGUGGUGCCCCCCAUGGCGCUGACCCUGGAUGACCAUCGGCUCUUGGCUCGCGUCACCGCGGAGCUGCGGCAGUACCACCGGCUGCUGGAGAGGGUCCGCAUCCGCGACGCUCUGCGCUGCGUCCUCAACAUCUCCCGCCACGGCAACCAAUACAUCCAGGUGAACGAGCCCUGGAAGCGCAUCAAGGGCGGCGAGGAGGACAGGCAGCGUGCCGGCACCGUGACCGGCGUGGCGGUGAACGUGGCGGCGCUGCUGGCCGUCUUGGUGCAGCCCUACAUGCCGGCCGUCGGCGCGGCCAUCCAGGCACAGCUCUGUAGGAAAGGAAUCCAGCCAAUAAUUGACCGUUUUCAGAAAUUGGGGUUGUUGGUGGAUAAUGGUCGGGGGAAUCGGGGUGGUCACCUUCCGGACCUUCCAGGAACCGAGCUGCAGGGGGGGAGGCCCUGCGAAAGGAACUGGGACGGCCUGACAGCUGCCAAACGAAGCCGGUUACGAAAUCGCUGCUGGAUCCUGAGCCCAAGGAACAACGAGGAGGGAACCUCAAACGGCACAGGAUCUCCGGGCUUUCCUCGGGAUGACGAGGUGGUGCUGCCUACAGCGAUGGAAUACUGCUGGAAGCCCUCCAGGCCCUUUUGA